GCACGUGGGACACCUGGAAGGCUUCCUUCAGGGUCGAACAGGAAUCUUUCAACUUAGUGGACGACCGCCCUUGGGGAAGCCGCCAACAUCCCUUUUUGAGAAGUGGUGGCUGCCUGAGGAGCUUUUCGUAGCCAUGAGCUUCCGCACGAUGAACUGCCGCACAGACACUACCCAUGGCAACCCAGCCAUCGGCCGUCGUGAACACAUGAGGCUCCACCUGAUGCAUCGCGAGCGCCUGCAGAACAUGCGCUCUGCCCUGGAUACCCGCGCGCCAACACCUCAGCCUCACCUGCAGCUCUAUGGCCGUGACUAUGUGGCGAAGAAGCGAGCCACCACCGAAGCGGCGUUUAGUGACCUGAAGAUGAUCCAGUCCAUUGCGAAGAUCAUGACUCGAGACAGCAAGAUCGAAGACAGGAAGGGGCCUGUGAGCCUGAAUGCAGAUCGGCGCAAGCAGGAGAUCUACGACAUCAUGAAGGGCAACCACCAGCUGCUGAG